GAUUAAAAGCAGUGAGAAAUGGGCGUUGCGGAGAAUGAAUCCAUCGAAGACUCUUUCCUUGUUUUCAUAUAUAUAUAUAUAUAAACUACUCUUUAAAGUCCAUGUUCUUCAUCUUCCUCUAAGAAAGCUGGGUUUUUUUGCGGUCUUUUAUGGUGUUUGAUUGAAGAAUUUGGUGGAAAUUGAAGGAUUUUAAGGUUUUGAGGGAAAAAGGAGGAGUUUUUGGGAUGGAGAGCUUCAGGAUGGGGAGUUUUCGGGGGAGUAUGCGGCGGAGCAUGUCGUCUUGGAGAGCUAAUUCGGCUAGUGAGGUUUUUGGGAGGUCUGGGAGAGAGGAGGAUGAUGAGGAGGCGCUUAAGUGGGCGGCGCUUGAGAAGUUGCCGACUUAUGAUCGGAUGAGGAGAGGGAUUCUUUCUGGAGUUGUGGGUGGAGCUCAGGAGAUUGAUAUUGAGGGGUUAGGGUUUCAGGAGAGGAAGAAUUUGCUUGAGAGAUUGGUUAGGACUGCUGAAGAGGACAAUGAGAGGUUUCUUCUUAAGCUCCGGAAUCGAAUGGAACGUGUUGGGAUUGAUAAUCCAACGAUUGAAGUCCGAUUUGAGAAUUUGAAGAUCGAUGCUGAGGCUUAUGUGGGGAAUAGAGGGCUUCCCACUUUCACAAACUUCUUUACUAAUAAGAUCAUGGGAGUUCUGAGUGCCCUUCAUAUUGUAUCUAGUGGAAAGAGGCCAAUCUCAAUCCUCGAUGAUGUCAGUGGGAUCAUCAGGCCUUGCAGAAUGACAUUGCUUCUAGGACCUCCUGGUUCUGGGAAGACUUCCUUGCUCUUGGCUCUUGCUGGGAAGCUUGAUUCUUCUCUCAAGGUGUCUGGGAGAGUGACUUACAAUGGCCAUGGCAUGGAUGAGUUUGUCCCUCAGCGGACUUCUGCUUACAUUGGCCAACAUGAUCUUCACAUAGGAGAGAUGACGGUGAGGGAAACCUUGACUUUCUCUGCAAGAUGCCAGGGAGUGGGAACUCGAUAUGAGAUGUUGACUGAACUGUCAAGAAGGGAGAAGGAAGCAAACAUUAAGCCAGAUCCCGACAUUGAUGUCUAUAUGAAGGCUAUUUCUGUGGAAGGACAGGAGACAGUCGUUACUGAUUACAUUCUGAAGAUUUUAGGCCUAGACAUAUGUGCUGAUACCAUGGUGGGAGACGCAAUGAUAAGGGGUAUUUCAGGAGGACAGAAGAAGCGUGUCACAACAGGUGAGAUGCUUGUCGGGCCAGCAAAGGCUCUUUUCAUGGAUGAAAUAUCUACAGGUCUAGACAGCUCCACAACCUACCAGAUUGUCAACUCUCUCAGGCAGUCAGUUCACAUUCUUGGUGGCACUGCAUUCAUUGCAUUGCUUCAGCCAGCCCCAGAGACAUAUGAUCUCUUUGAUGACAUUGUUCUCCUCUCUGACGGGCAAGUCGUGUAUCAGGGUCCUAGGGAGCAUGUUCUUGAAUUCUUUGAAUCCAUGGGCUUCAAAUGCCCUGAGAGGAAGGGUGUUGCUGAUUUCCUUCAAGAGGUCACAUCUAGGAAGGAUCAACACCAAUAUUGGUCUCGCAGAGAUGAAGCAUAUACAUAUGUUUCUGUCAAUGAGUUUUCUGAAGCUUUUCAGUCAUUCCAUGUUGGUCGGAAGCUAGGAGAUGAGCUUGCCACCCCGUUUGACAGGAGUAGGAACCAUCCUGCAGCCCUGACAACAUCCAAGUAUGGUAUCAGCAAGAAAGAAUUGCUGAAAACCAACAUAGAGAGAGAAUGGUUGCUGAUGAAGAGAAACUCCUUUGUCUACAUCUUUAAGAUAGUCCAGCUUAUAAUCCUUGCAACGAUUGCAAUGACUGUCUUCUUGCGAACGAAAAUGCACCGGAAUGAAAUCGAGGAUGGAGUUAUAUUCUUAGGUGCCAUGUUUAUUGGGUUGGUCACACAUCUUUUCAAUGGAUUUGCUGAACUUGCUAUGACUAUAGCAAAGCUCCCUAUAUUCUACAAACAGAGAGACCUCCUGUUUUAUCCAUCAUGGGCCUAUGGAUUGCCAACAUGGAUUCUCAAAAUACCAAUAUCCUUUCUCGAAUGUGCUGUCUGGAUCGUCCUUACUUAUUAUAUCAUCGGUUUUGAUCCAAAUAUUGAAAGGUUCUUCCGUCAUUAUUUGUUGCUCGUGCUGGUGAGUCAGAUGGCCUCAGGACUUUUCCGGCUUCUUGCUGCAGUUGGAAGAGAGAUGGUUGUUGCAGAUACAUUUGGCUCCUUCGCACAGCUUGUGCUCUUGAUUCUUGGUGGUUUCCUCAUAUCACGCGAAAAAAUUAAGAAAUGGUGGAUAUGGGGUUACUGGGCUUCUCCUUUGAUGUAUGCUCAGAAUGCAGUUGCAGUGAAUGAAUUUCUUGGACAUAGUUGGAACAAGGUUGUGAAUGCCACAGUGGACAACAGAACGUUGGGGGUCCAAAUCCUCGAGUUCCGUGGGAUUUUUGUUGACAAGAACUGGUAUUGGUAUGGUGUGUUGGGAUUGGUUGGAUAUAUGAUGGUAUUCAAUAUCUUAUUCAUUUAUUUCCUCGACUGGCUUGACCCACUUGGGAAGGGUCAGGCAACAGUGUCUGAAGAGGAGUUGCGGGAGAAACAUGCAAACAGAACAGGCGAAUCUGUUGAGCUGUUGCCUGCAGGAACUGAUUCUGCGCGGCCCACAGCAUCCUCAGGAGUUGGUGAAAUCAGAGCAGCAGGAUCUGAAAGGCAGAGGGGAAUGGUGCUCCCAUUUGCUCCUCUUUCAAUCACCUUUGAUGAUAUCAGAUACUCUGUAGAUAUGCCACAGGAAAUGAAAGAUCAAGGUGUUGCUGAGGAUAGGUUGGUGCUUCUGAAGGGUGUGAGUGGAGCUUUCAGGCCGGGAGUUCUCACAGCACUCAUGGGAGUUAGUGGAGCUGGCAAGACAACACUAAUGGAUGUCUUAGCAGGGAGAAAGACUGGAGGAUACAUUGAUGGGAACAUUAGCGUAUCUGGUUACCCCAAGAAACAAGAGACAUUUGCUCGUGUCUCAGGCUACUGUGAACAAAAUGAUAUUCACUCUCCCUAUGUCACAGUCUAUGAGUCUCUUCUCUUCUCGGCAUGGCUUCGAUUACCUUCUGAAGUCGAUGAUAAAGCAAGAAAGAUGUUUGUUGAGGAGGUCAUGAGCCUAGUAGAGCUGACCUCACUUAGAGGAGCACUUGUCGGGUUGCCUGGUGUGAAUGGUCUCUCGACAGAGCAAAGGAAGAGACUCACCAUUGCUGUUGAGCUUGUUGCCAACCCCUCCAUAAUAUUCAUGGAUGAGCCUACUUCUGGACUGGAUGCCAGAGCUGCUGCAAUUGUCAUGAGGGCAGUGAGGAACACAGUGGACACUGGAAGGACUGUGGUCUGCACAAUUCACCAGCCUAGCAUAGACAUCUUUGAAGCCUUUGACGAGCUCUUCCUCAUGAAGCGUGGUGGAGAAGAAAUUUAUGUCGGACCUCUUGGCCAGAACUCAUGCCACCUGAUUAAGUACUUUGAGGGAAUUCAAGGAGUUAGGAAGAUCAAAGGUGGAUAUAAUCCUGCAACAUGGAUGUUGGAGGUAACUACUCUAGCACAAGAAGAAAUUCUGGGGGUCAACUUCACUGAGUUAUACAAGAAUUCCGAUUUGUACAGGAGAAACAAAGCUUUGAUCAGUGAGUUAAGUUCUCCUCCCCCAGGUUCCCAGGACCUUUACUUCCCCACCCAGUAUUCACAAUCCUUCUUCAUACAAUGCAUGGCUUGCCUCUGGAAGCAACAUUGGUCAUACUGGCGCAAUCCUUCAUACACUGCCACCAGGGUUUUCUUCACCACAGUUAUAGCCUUCAUAUUUGGUACAAUCUUUUGGAGGCUAGGCCGGAAAGUGGAUAAUGAGCAGGACCUGUUUAAUUCCUUGGGUUCCAUUUACGCUGCUGCCCUGUUCAUUGGAGUCCAGAAUGGCCAGACAGUACAGCCAAUUGUAGAUGUUGAACGAACCGUCUUCUACAGAGAAAAGGCUGCUGGAAUGUAUUCUGCUUUACCAUAUGCUUUCGCCCAGGUCCUGAUUGAGAUCCCCCACAUCUUCUUUCAAGCUGCAAUCUACGGUGUUAUUGUCUACGCCCUGAUCAAUUUCGAGUGGACAUUUCAAAAAUUCUUUUGGUAUCUGUUCUUCAUGUUCUUCACAUUCUUGUACUUCACAUUCUACGGAAUGAUGGCUGUCGCUAUGACACCAAACAGCGACAUUGCUGCCAUUGUCUCAACUGCAUUCUACUUCGUCUGGAAUGUCUUUGCCGGUUAUCUGAUUCCUCGACCUAGGGUUCCUGUCUGGUGGAGAUGGUAUGUGUGGAUAUGUCCUGUUGCAUGGACACUCUAUGGACUUGUAGCUUCGCAAUAUGGCGAUAUCGAGACCCGAAUGCCGAAUAGUGACAAUGUUAGAGUGAAGGAUUUUAUAAGACAGUUCUAUGGAUUCAGACAUGACUUCUUGGGUGUAUGCGCGGUUGCUGUCGUCGGCUUCAGCGUGCUUUUCGCCUUUGUCUUUGCCUUCUCCAUCAAGGCCUUCAACUUCCAAAAACGAUAA